AUGGUCACCCCUACAGCCCGCUGGUGUUCCGUGGCGCUCACCCUGCUCUUCGUUCUGCACGAAGGGAAGGGCCAUCUGCCUCCAGGAUCCCCGCCGGCCUCAGGAGCCAAAAGCAGCCACUUGCGCAUCAAGAGAUGUUCCUGCAACAGCUGGCUAGACAAGGAAUGUGUCUACUUUUGCCAUUUGGACAUCAUCUGGGUGAACACGCCGGGACAGACCACUCCUUACGGCCUGGGAAACCCGCCAAGGCGCCGCCGCCGAGCCCUGAGCAGGUGUGAGUGUGCCAGCUCCAGAGACCACACCUGUGCCACCUUCUGUCACCUUCCCCAGCCAAGGUACCUGGCCAAGCCAAAGAUGCCCUCCCACGGUGAGCCUUUGGCAACCUCUCUUCUUCAGGACACAAAGGCAGGAGCAGGCAGCCGGCUCCUCAGGGCACUAAGGUAA